GUCCCAGAGCGCGGUGCGGUGUUAACUCGUUGCUGUUGUUUAUCACCCGUGCGCAGGAAGAACAGUACUACUCUGAGCAACACUCGUCCUUGAUUAACAAGGCGUAUCAAACCCUCCUGAACCCUCUGAGCCGCGGCAUCUACCUGCUGGAGCUGCAUGGAAUGGCGCCAGCACAGGAGACAGACUGUGAUGCAGACUCCGUGUUUCUCAUGGAAAUCAUGGAAAUUAAUGAGAAAUUAGCAGAGUCUAAAAGUGAUGAUAUCCUUGAGGAAAUUGACACUUUGAUUAAAGUUAAACAAGAGGAACUGACCAGAGAGGUGGCUGCAGCUUUUGAAAGAGAUGACCUUCAGGAAGCAAAGAAGCUUUUAGCCAAAAUGAAGUAUUUUGCAAACUUAGAGGAUAAACUAAAGAACAAGAAGAUCCCUUCCUGA